AUGGGUAAAACAAAGGGUCAGGGUGGAGGAAGUGGUGGUAGCAAAGGUGGAAAAAAUAUGAAGGUUGCGGAUAAUGAAAAGGAAAGUUCCGGGAAAGCUGGCAAAUUGAAAGCCGCAAAUAGUGUAAAGGUUCGACAUAUACUGUGUGAGAAACAUUCAAAGGUCAUGGAAGCUUUAGUAAAAUUGACAGAAGAGAACAUGCGAUUUGAUAAGGUUGCAGAAUUGUAUAGUGAAGAUAAGGCGAAACAAGGAGGUAGUUUAGGUUGGAUGAAUCGAGGAUCGAUGGUAGGAGAAUUCCAAGAUGCCGCAUUCGCAUUACAACCAAGUGCUUUAGGUGAGACAACAGUCUAA